CUUUUUUUUUAUUGAAGAAUGCUUAUCCGAAGAUAUAGAUAUUUUGCAUCGAGUCUCAUCUUACAAACUUUUAAAGCAUCCUUAUAUUAAAGAUCUUUCCGUGACAUCAAUUAGGAAGGAACACCAAGCAGUAGAUGAAAACGACCAUGCCAAUAUGAAUACUGUGUUUGACUGCCAUGAAUGUGAAAAUAGCUUCACAAAAGCAGUCUAUCUGAAGAAGCAUGUUGAUAGAUGCCACUCCGGGAUAAGGCGAUUCAGCUGCCUCACAUGUUCAAUGGCCUUUCAGACAGCUCAUAAUCUAAGACGACACAUGUACAGUCUUCAUUCUAAAACAAAAGAUGAGUUCCAGUGUACAGAAUGUCCGUACGUUUGCCAUGACAAGCACACCCUGAAACAACACUCAAUAGUCCACAAAACUGAUAGGCCUUUUACAUGUGAAUUAUGCAAUACAUUUUACAAGUCCAAGUAUGCUUUAAACACACAUGAGAAGCUUCACUCUACAUUGCGGGAGUUCACUUGCAAUGAUUGUGGGAAGGGUUUUUACUCGGCUAGUAAGUUAAAGCGACACAGUAGCUCACAUACUAGUGAGAGAACUUAUCCAUGUCCAAUUUGUAGCAAGUCAUUUAAGACCAAGGAAUAUGCUGACAGGCACAGCAAGCGACAUAAUAUACAGAACACCUCUCUAGCAAGAAAUGAGGAACAGAGUAGAAGUGAAAUGAACUGUGUGGAAAUAUGUGACUAUGGGCAAGAAUACACAUCUCAGCCUACAACUGACAAAGAACAGUCCACUUCAGGUGUAGAACAGUCCUCUUUAGGUGAAGAACAGUCCAUUACAGGCUUAGAAUAGUUACCGUCAGGCAUGGAACAGUCCAUUACAGGCAUACAAUAGUCACCUUCAGGCAUGGUACAGUACAUAACAAGGAAAAGUAGCAGCCAAUCUAGCGAAAAUAGAGGAGUGUAUAGGAGCAAGCGUAUCUGGUAACCAGGGCAGGGAUUAAUGAUGUAUAUACAUGUAUGGGAGCAAGCGUAUCUGGUAACAAGGGCAGGGAUUAAUGGUGUGUAUACAUGUAGUGGAGCAAGCGUAUCUGGUAACCAGGGCAGGGAUUAAUGGUGUAUAUACAUCUAUGGGCGCAAGCUUAUCUGGUAACCAGGGCAGGGAUUAAUGGUGUAUAUACAUGUAUGGGAGCAAGCGUAUCUGGUAACUAGGGCAGCGAUUAAUGGUGUAUAUAUAUAUAUAUGUAUGUAUGGGAGCAAGCGUAUCUAUCUGGUAACAAGGGCAGGGAUUAAAGGUGUAUGCAUGUGUUCUUAUGUAUGGGAGCAAGCGUAUUUGGUAACUAGGGCAGGAUAAAUGAUUUAUAUACAUGUAUGGGAGCUAGCGUAUGUGGUAACUAGGGAAGGGAUACAUGGUGUAUAUACAUGUAUGGGAGCAAGCUUAUCUGGUAUUCGGGAAGGGAUUAAUGGUAUAUAUACAUGUAUGGGAGCUAGCGUAUGUGGUAACUAGGGAAGGGAUACAUGGUGUAUAUACAUGUAUGGGAGCAAGCUUAUCUGGUAUUCGGGAAGGGAUUAAUGGUAUAUAUACAUGUAUGGGAGCUAGCGUAUGUGGUAUUUGGGAAGGGAUUAAUGGUGUUAAUGGAAUGUUGUAAUCAGGGCAGGGACUUUUUCCCAUAUGUCAACAUUAAUACAGCAUUACAGUAUUAGCAUUAAUCCUGUAGCUGCAAAUGUAUGUUUGUAUUUAAUUUCUUACUUCAUUAUGUACAUGUACAAUCCAGUUCAUUGGUAGCAAUAUCAGUCUGAGAUGGUAAAACAUUUAGUAAACGUAUGUAGUUUAUUAUAUAAAACAAUGGUUUUCACUAUCUCACACUGUUAAUGCCACCUAAGGUUGUGGUAAUGAGAACAGAUUCGUGUGAACAUUUUAAGUUCGCUCUCUUUUGGAAAUACGCUUUGUCAAAUUUUCUGAUAUUUUCUUGUUUGUUACACGUUUUCAAAGUUAACAAGCUUUUAAAAAUUCAGUAAAUACAACUUAACAAUAAUAUUAAUGUUUUUCUUUUUUCAUCAUGUGACUUGCGUUUCAAGUGUGACAAUGUUGUUAAUUAUUUGAUGUGAUAUUAUUAUUAUAUCUUAAAUUUGUUAAAUUAACUGUUGUUGAUAUAUGAAAUCUACAAAUUCUUUAAUAUGUAUUUAUUAACAUUUUCUUUAACUAAGUAACUUAUCAAUAAAUUGUACAUUAUUGUUGUCAAAAG